GACAUAAGAGCCGCCAUAGGUGACUCCGCCGCGCAACGCCAUGGCCCUCUACCUCUGCGUCGACUGCGGCGGCUCCAAGACCUCCGCCGUCAUCUGCAACGCCGCCGGCGACAUCGUCGGGCGCGCGCUCGGCGGCCCCUCCAACUACGCGUACCUUGGCCCCGCCGCGUUCCUCGCCGCCGUCAAGGACGCCGUCAGCCACGCCCUCCAAACCGCGGUGUCUCCGCCGUCCCCCGAGCCCGUCGCGCUCCCCCCGUCCGCGCCCCUCUUCGCCGCCGCCUGGCUCGGCGUCUCAGGCGUCGACAGCCCCGCAGACAUCGCGACGAUCACGCCGCUCGUCUCCGCCCUCCUCCACCUCGAUCCCGGCCCGAAGCUGAGCAUCGGCAACGACACGCACCUACUCGCCGCGCCGCUGCGCCUGCACCCGGACAUCGCGCACGCCGUCGCCGUCAUCGCGGGCACCGGCUCCAUCAGCGUGAGCUUCCGCCAGCGCGAAGACGGGACGCUCGCGGAGCUGGGAAGGGUCGGCGGGUGGGGCUGGAUGCUCGGCGACGAGGGCGGCGGGUUCCACGUCGGGCGCGAGGCGGUGCGCCAGCUGCUGCUCGAGACCGACCGCGCGAGCGUCCAGGAGGCGCAGCCCGCGGGGAGCCUGCGCGCGCGCGUGCUCGAGCGGUUUGGGAUCAGCCACCUGCUCGAGAUCCUCGCGCUCGUGCACCUCCCCGACCCGGACCCCGCGCCGGGGAAUGGGGGGGAGGUGCCGCAGUAUCGGAGCGUGCCGAAGGAGAAAAGGCUGUCACAGCUGUCUCCGCUGGUGUUCGCGGCUGCGUUCGAGGACGGCGACCCGCUCGCAUUGAAUGUCCUGCGCACGUGUGCGGGGAUGCUCGCGGAGCAGAUAUCGGUCCUGCUAAGCCCCGACGGGGAUAGCCAGGUCGCGAAGAAUGCUGUGGCGGCGAAGGAGAGCGUGGUAUGUUUUGGGGGCUCGCUGGUGGGGAUUGAGAAGUAUAGGAAGUUAGUGCUGGAUGGGCUGAAGGAGAGGGGGCAUGUGUUCCGGUAUGUAGAGUUUGUGGAGGAUGCGGCCGCCACUGGCGCAGCUGGGUUGGCUGCUGCUGCUACUGCUACUGCUACUGAUUGAGAGGGAGCGGAAAGUACAAAUGUAUUCAAGGCGGAUAUCUGUAGGAUUAUAUUUUAAAUGCAUCUAUCGGGAUACCAAUACAUUCAAUGUACAGCGUGGACACCUUCUGCCCGUUAUCAG